AUGCAGCCCCACAGCCAGACAAGCCCGGAAAAAUCCACUCUGCUGCGGUUGCGUGGCGGACAUGCUCCCAUGCCAUUUUCGGGAGGUACAGAGCACUUCGGCGGCAAAACCAACCGAAUCGGAGGGAGAGCUGAGGAUAUUUUGCGUGAGACAUCUCCGCAUGCCCGUCUCCGUGGGAUUUAUCUGCGACCCACGUUGUUUAUGAUCGACGGCACAGCCACACAUCUGAUGGAAGUGCUGUAUCCAUCAACCAGGGCCGACUCCUCUUUAUUUGCUACGGCGACUAACAGUCUGCUACCAGCAACGACAGAGAAGCCGACGUGGUGGGGCUACCGACGCCCACAGUCUCUGGCCUCAUGGGUGUGCUUUGAGUAUUCGUUGACUCCUGUUUCUCAGCUCCCGGCUGCCUUUAACAUCGUGACAGAAACGCCGGAUGGCUACACGGAGGAAGAAUUAGUCCGGGAGUCGCCUCACGCGUUGCACCCGGCGGCUUCUGAGCAGUGGCUUGAAGUGGCACAACAAAUGUCACGAAGUUUACGUGAGAACCGACACUCCGCGCCUUUCCGUGCGGAAGAGUGCAGGACCAUGGGAAAUCCCUUACCACCAUCUCAGGUGUCGCUACCUCUAGGCGGCGAUGAGGAAUGCCUGACGCCUAACAGCUCUGCCUUGCUUGGCGACGUUGAAGUGGCAGUACGUGCGAUGCGUCCUGGUGAGGAGUUUGCGUUCCUCAUCAUGAACCCAAAAACCUUUUACGAGAGCAUACACAGCGCAUACGUUUCACACCUUUUUAAUAACCCUGGAGGCUCCCCAUUUCGGUGUGUUUAUCUCCGCGUCAAGCUAUUGUACCUCCUUCCUCGUGUGCCCACGUGGCUAUCUGUCAUUCAAAAGUACAUUGUGGAUGCUCCAGCUUCUUUGCCAAAGGAGCCGGAGAGGACGCAGAUGGCACCCGAGCGUGUAUACAACUAUAUAUUGCCGAUUCACAUCUUUCGCUAUUCAGCGUUCUGUAUUAACCCGUCGGAAAUGGCGUUUAUAGACACACAAACGUAUCAAUGCGCUCUUCGUGCUUUUUUUGUAGCCAAUGCGUCGGUGUCGUUGGGUUGUCAUUUGGCACCUCCCCCUCAAACCGGUUUUGUUGGGGCCGAGACGGUAACGCAGCAGUGUAGUAGCGGCGUGGGCACCAUCACCAAGGGCACUAAGUGCGGAAGGGGCUCUGAAGAUGUCAAGGCGGACGCAGAAGAAGGAGGCGAGAAGGCGCCGACGGACGAAGAAGCGUUGGCAUUUCUGCGCCGUGUUUUUUUUGCCUCUCCCCGAGAUGGUGCGACUGUGUCGUGUACUGUCGUGCAAAAAAGUUUGCUCACGGGGUGUUUGCUCACGCCCAAGACUGUCAUUGGCAUGGAGCUGGGGAGCAUGUCCCUCCCGCUCUGGCUAGAGGCCUCGCUUCAGACGAUGCACAGCGGGGAGAAGGACUUUGUGAGUGUGCAACAGGACUGUGAAGACGAUGGCGCUCUGCUGUGUUCACUGGCGGAUGAGUUACGCACCGCCGCCUCAUUGCAAGCUCGCGUGAUGGAGGAGAUGCGAGGCGGCAGCAUCUCACUGCGGGAGCUAGCGGAGGAACGGGGCACACCCCCGGGCACGUCCCUUUCUUCACUCAACUCCUUCAGCAGCAUCCAGGCACUGCACAAUGGUGGGUCUAAAGAUGAGUCCGAGCCCAAGCAUGUUUCCCCGCACGAGGUUCAUUACCUUGUUUCCCUUGAUAGAUUUGCAAAUGUGUAUGACACCACUGCGUUCUUCUUCGUUCACCCUGAAAACUCCCUUCGCGUGGUGCAAAAGCUUGACAAGGAGGCAAAAGCCCUGCGCAGGAUGAGCGGUACACGCCAGGCGAACAUGCAACGGCGGCUUGAAACAGACGAUCACGCGGACCAUGACAAUACGGACAGUAGAGACCAGUAUAGUGGCAGCAAUACAGUGGAGGAUUUCGCUCUUCCUGCAUGUGCCACGGCGCAACAGAUGACGAUUCAUUGCAAGCCAUUUGGGCACAUCAACCGCCCUUCGGAGGAGCGUGGCAUUGUGAAGGCCAUACAAAAGAUGAAUCUUAUCGUUUUUUUCUUGACUUUUCACGUAAAUGAACGCUCCAUGCGUGCCAGGGGUGUGCCGGCUGUUCUCAUGCAAGAACGUGUUGAGACGUUAAUGAGCGCCUUUUGCAGAUUGGGUCGACUCUACGCAAAACUGCACCGUAGGGAUGCAUACACGCUGGCUGUGGCGGCGCUCUCCGCUGCCAUUGUACUGUCACCACAAUACCCCCAGUUGUGGAUGCACCGUGGCGCGCUGCAUCAGCGAAUGCACGAAGUUCACAGCGCCGUGUAUGACCUGACACGAGCCAAGUUUCUUGCCGAGGAAAGGUUGCGGCGAUCCACCUCCUCACGAGGCACGGAGGCGGCCGGAGGCAACCGGGAAAUCUCCCUGCCGCUCUUCGCGACGGCCACCGCGUCUACUGCUGCCGCGGAUGCAGCGGGUGAUGGUGGUGGUGGUGCUGCGGAAGAUUCUUCUGGAGAUGAGGUGACCAUGCUUUGGCGCAUCAUACGGCGUGCGGAAACCCUCCUCACCGAAUUGCGCACGCUGCAGGAGGGGGAGGGAGAAGAGGAGAGGAGGUAA